AUGGGUCCCUUUCAAAGAGUCGUAAAGCAUCUGCUGUCACCUCUUCCUCUCACCACACAUUCCUACCAGUGGGCGGCCCUGGGCGGACACUGCGAGAUUAGACAGGAGCUGUCUGUCCCAGAAAUAAGACCUUACACCUUGGACAGGUGUCUCAGUUCUCAGCGGGAGGCACAGGAAGAAGUGGCUGGGGGUGCUGGCGCAUCCUCCGCGGAGAGGGAAAUUCUAACCAACGUGGAGUGGGCUGCUCCCCGCGUCCGCCUUCCACCGAUUCAGCAUCUCGCGCCCCUUCCCAGCACCUCGGGGCGUCAGGUCGGAGACGGGGCGCCCCCACCCCAACCUAUUCCGCGCCGGCCGCCUGCGCCUACCUCGUCCUCGCCGCUUGGACCGAGCGGAGCCGCCUCCCGGACCCCUCCGGACCGAGCGCUGCGUCCCAGCCCUAGCGCCCCGGGCUACCGCGCACCCGGCUCCGAGCGCCUCAGCCCCGGAAGCCGCAGCCUCCCAGGGUCCUUCCCCGAGCUGCGCAGCGCUGCCUUCCCGAAGUUCGGGCGUCUCCUGCUUUGCUCCUUUCGGAGGGGCUGCAGCGCCUGCGGAGUCAGGAAACCAGAAGCAAGCGCAGAGCCAAGCGCUUCCCAGGCGCCCGCGCUGGGGCUUCCACAGCUCACCUCCCUCCCGGUGCGCGCGCUUCUGUCUGUUCUUUGGCUUGGCUUGGCUUGGUUUGGUUUGGCUUACUUUGGCUCGGUUUGGUUUGGUUUGGUUUGGUUUGGUGUGGUUUGGUGUGGAUUGGUGUGGUGUGGUGUGCUGUGCUGUGCUGUGCUGUGCUUUGCUUUGCUUUGGAUUUGGAUUUUUCCAUUUCUGAAAUGAAGAUAGUUAUACUGGUUUGCUUGAAAAUUUCUCUGAAGUACUCAAAAAGACGAUUCGAUUCAGAUUAGUUUUGUCCACUCAAAAAAUGAAAGAUAUAUUUAGCUUUUAAAAAGGAUAAUGCGUACAAGGGUUUGGUGCUGCAUGCCUAUGGUCACAGCACUCUGGGAGGCUGAGGAGACGGAUCAAAGUUCCUUCAUCCUGCCUGUGCGAUUUAGAGAGUCGCUGUUUCAAGAUAAUAAAAGGGCUGGAAAUGUAGCCCGCUGCAGAAGCCCUUGAUUCAAUCCUCGUUGCAGCAAAAAGGAAGAAAGAGAAAGAGGAUAAAUAAUACCUAAAAUAUUGAGAGGGUUAUAUUUCCAAUCUUAGAGGGGCUUUCCCACCCCACAGUGGUCUUACCUUUAUCUGUAAGGCACCUUUCCCAUUUUAAUAUGAAAUUACUCUUCAGUUGGUCAGGGAGUUUAGCCCAGUGGCAUAAGCAUCUGCCUGGAAAGCGUGAGGUCAUAGGUUUGAUCCCCUGUACCCGUCCCAAAAAAUUACUCUUCAGUUAAUGUAGAAUUACACCCACAGGGCUGUAGGAAUUAUUUAUAAGACAAAGCAGUUUGGGCUUUUCAAUUACUGAGAUACAAAAGGAAAGAGAAAUGGGUAUGUCCAAGAUAUUCUACACAGUCCCCUUAAAAUAUUUUUGGAGAUUUUUUUUACCUUAGAGAAGUAAUUCCUUGUUCACACACAUGUUCUCUACAACACAUCUCAUUUUGCUUUAUAUUUGCAUGGAUGAAGAAUGAACCAUGUCCAAUAAGCAAUAACUUUCAGAAAGUACCAGCCACAAAACAAAUACCGCAUCUAAGACAGUAGAUGAGUAUUACCCCGUAGAGUAAUUGCUUUGGAAGAGUCAACUGACUUCUCUAAAAAUGGUGGCACAAAGCAUUCUGCCUUCUUUAGAAUCACCUGGAGAGAAUUUCUUUUAAAGCCCUGUGUGAAUAUUGGCCUCCCUCCCUUUCAGAUAAGGGUGAGUCCUACAAGAUCCACGCAGUUUCACACACGUCUGAUUAGAAAUCCCUUUGAUUAGCAGUUUUCAAAAAAGUGCAGAAAUCGAUUGA